AGAUAGAGAGGGGAGAGAGAGAGAGAGAAGGCCCUACGGAGGAGAAGACACAUCGAGGAGCAGCCAUCACUACUCAGGAGGACAAAUCGCGUGGAAACAUCGGAGCGUGUUGCAGUCGGAGGUGUUGGCGGACCCCGGCCGAGGGAGACGACCGUCCGCAGUAGGUCCGGGGCGGUCCUCCGGACUCGAUCCUCCGGACUCGAUCCGACGCAGAAGACCGAGCAGGAGCCGGAUGGCGGCGGAAGCGGCGAGAAAACCUCACAUGUAGCUCGUCUGGGCUGCGAAUAUCCUUCCCCUUCCUGCUGUCCCCGCAGGGCCCCCCACCCCCGACACCCCCACCCCCACACCGACACCGACACCGACACAGCCCGGCGGAGCGCAGGAGAACACACCUCUGGAAAUGUUUGUCACGAGAGCAGACGUGGAAGCGAGCCGCGCCGCAGCACGGGCGAGCUGUGCGCACACGCCGAGCGGGGCGCCUCGUCGCGGGCAGCAGUGAGACGCGAGACCCGGGCCUUUUCUUUUUCUCCCCUUCUUCGGGGGCGGAGAUGCAAAUUGGGCUGUUCGUUCUUCCUCCGGUCGAGGAGAAGCCCCGGUUUUUUCGGCGUCUCGACGCGCGUCGUGGAUUACAGUCGUUAGCGGCCGGGCUGGGGGGCGGGGGGCGGGGGGGACUGAAGCAGAGCCGCACUCGCAUGUGAAGGAGGAACAACAAGGAACAACAAGGAACAACAAGGAACAACAAAACAACAAAACAAAGCCCGAGCAGGCUUCAGCCGAACCGAGCGGGCGGCCUCGGUGUCAGCAGCAGUAUCCUGCCCCCCCCCCCCCCCCCCCCCCCCCCCCUCUCCCUCUGACAGCCGCGUCAUGGACACAUAGUUCCUCCGGGGCCGCGCCGCGGACUGGUGGUGGAGCAGGCCGGGGGACGGGCCACGGCACACGGCGUGAAUGUGGCCGACGUCGCUGCCAAAUCCACGGGUCAAGCGAGGGAUCCGGGACUAGUUGGGUUUAUUUAUUUAUUUUUUUCUUUCUGCAUACCCCCCCCCCCCCACACACUACUUCCUCCUCCUCCUCCUCCUCCCCUGGACCCCCCCCCCCCUUUUCUUUCUUCUUCCUCGGGGAAGAUGGGUUGUUUGGGCAACAGUAAGACCGAAGACCAGAGGAAUGAGGAGAAGGCCCAGAGAGAAGCGAACAAGAAGAUCGAGAAGCAGCUGCAGAAAGACAAGCAGAUCUACAGGGCGACGCACAGGCUGCUACUUCUGGGAGCUGGAGAGUCGGGAAAGAGCACCAUAGUGAAACAGAUGAGGAUCCUACAUGUCAACGGCUUCAAUGCAGAAGAGAAGAAGCAGAAAAUUCAGGACAUCAAGAAUAAUAUUAAAGAGGCUAUUGAGACCAUAGUAACAGCUAUGAGCCACCUGACGCCACCAGUGCAGUUGGCGUGCCCAAAGAACCAGUACCGGAUCGAAUACAUCCUCAACCUCGUCAACCAGAAGGACUUUGAGUUUCCAUCUGUGUUUUACGACCAUGCGAAGACGCUGUGGCAGGAUGAGGGGGUCAGGGCGUGCUACGAGAGAUCCAACGAGUACCAGCUAAUCGACUGUGCUCAGUACUUUCUAGACAAGAUUGACAUUGUGAAACAGAGUGACUACACUCCAUCAGAUCAGGAUUUGCUGCGCUGCAGAGUACUGACUUCAGGAAUCUUCGAAACAAGAUUCCAAGUGGACAAAGUUAAUUUCCACAUGUUCGAUGUUGGGGGUCAAAGGGACGAACGCCGGAAAUGGAUCCAAUGCUUUAACGAUGUAACGGCCAUCAUCUUUGUGGUGGCAAGUAGCAGUUACAACAUGGUGAUCAGAGAGGACAAUCAGACCAACCGAUUACAGGAGGCACUCAACCUCUUCAAGAACAUCUGGAACAACAGGUGGCUGCGUACCAUUUCUGUCAUCUUGUUCCUAAAUAAGCAGGACCUGCUAGCAGAGAAAGUGCUGGCAGGGAAGUCCAAGAUCGAGGAAUACUUUCCCGAAUUCGCUCGCUACACCACACCGGAUGACGCAACACCGGAGCCUGGAGAAGAUCCACGUGUCACAAGGGCAAAGUACUUCAUCAGAGAUGAAUUCCUGAGGAUCAGCACGGCAAGCGGGGAUGGGAGGCACUACUGUUACCCUCACUUCACCUGCGCUGUCGACACAGAAAACAUCCGGCGCGUCUUCAACGACUGUCGAGACAUCAUCCAGCGGAUGCACCUGCGACAGUACGAGCUGUUGUGAUGGGAGAGGAAAGGGGUUCGCUCAAAAAAAACAAAACAGAGAAAGCGAUCGGACUAUGAGAAACCCAGAGCCUUGGGUCUCUGAACUCUCCUCUUCCACAGAAGUGUGUGAGCUCUUGUGAGGGAACAGGGGCCAAAACACACAGACACACACAAAUACACAAACAUUUACACACAAAAACAGACCCUGAACCCAGAACUUCCCCCGAUGCAAACUCCUUACCUGCAAUAGACAGAUUUAUGAUGGCAGGGUUUGAGGGGCUAACACAUAAAGAAACUUUGAUCGCCAUAAACCCUUCAGCCAUACUCCCAGCUCCACCCAACGUCACUUACCGCCCCUGUUACCUUCACCUUUCCAAAUGACUGCCCCAGUCUGGAUUGUAUUACCUGCAGUGAGGAGGGUUUCAGCUGCAGUUGAGAUUGUACUUCAAGUCAGCAUGAAAACAGAGAGAUACUACUUCAGUACAGCUGGGAAAGAAAUAACUGUUUAAGAACUGCAAAUAGCGAAUUCAAAUGUAUAACAGAUCAGCUGAACACUGUAUCUUACAACAAAACAAAAAAACAACGCAAGCACUGUGCUCAGGACUUUACUCAAACCGUGUUCACCAAUCCUUCCUCUCACUUACAAACAUCCACGAAUCCAACCGCAGGAUCUGCUUGCACACGGAAACGUAUCGCAUUCGCCGUUAUUUGGAAUGCACAGCAGCCGCGGCCGAUCCGGAAAUGUGCUGAUCUGCUGACGGAUUUUUCCAGCACAGUGCUUUGACAUUAAACGGACUGAGUGACCGACUGCGCAGCCGAGCCUCAAGGAGCAGCAUUAACACAGGCCACACGGACCGUGGGGGGUGUGUUGUGAUCAUCGGUCAGGCUGCAGGGUGGGGGGGGGGCAAGGGUUCACACACACGGGACAGAGCCGACUCCGAUGUGAAUUUCCCUGAUGGGAGUCUGGACACGUUUGACAGCGACGAUGGCGACGGCGGUCCCUCGACUCCUCCACAGCAUUGUUUUUGCCACCAGACUUUGCCUUGUUGCUAGUGGAGCAAAAAACACGAGGGGGAUAUAUUGAGUCAAAAAGAAAAAGGAAAAAAAAAAAUGCCAUCUUUUAUGGAACUUAACAAACGGAGGGCAAAAAAAGCAUCCUUCUACAGUACAGUACCAUAUUAGUUAAAGAGAACUCUCUCUCAUCUCGUCAUGAUUGACCCUGUUUUACUGUCUCCACAGCUGUUUUUGUCUGUGUAGACUUUGUGCCAUUGUGCCCUGUGCGCUCUUUCUUUGUCUUUAUGCUCUCUGUCUCUGUCAUACUCUCCUCUUUUCACCGCUGCUCUUUCUCCUCUGAGGACUUUAACCCGCGUCUCCAUCUUCACAUUUCUCUCCCCUCCACCACCUCCUCCUCAUCUGCGUUUGCAUCUUUCUGGCAGUGCUCUUUUGUUUUAAGAGAAAAUAAAAUGUAAUAAUCCUGGAGUAUAAAAAGAAACAAGAUGAUAACAACAACAAACAGGACACUGUUUUCUUUUUUUACUCGUGGUCAAACGAUCUGCUCGCCCCUCCCUGCCAUUCCGCCAUCUUUCCCCCCUCCUCCCCGACCUUUUGCUCCUUUGUCUGUCUGUCUUUACUUUACUGCUGAACUAUUAUUCUUGUACAGACUGUAAAAUGUAUUAUUUUGUACAACUUUAUUGAAAAAAAAUUACUUUUAGAAGAUCCCUGUGCCUUGAUCACGACUGUACGUGUGUAAUGAGCUAAAGUGGGUGUCAUACUGCGCUGUAUAGCUUGGCCAAUCCUCUCCCUAACUCUCUCGCCACUUCCUUCUUUCUCUUUCUUUCUUUAUCCCACUCUAUCUCUCUCCUCUGUCCUCUCUCACUCUCUACUCGGGGAUGGAGGACCACCAUUGUUGUAGUUUUAUUUCUCUUCCCCAUCCCCCCAUUCUCUUUAUGAUUUAAAUGUCUAUUUUUGGAUCCAUAUACCCCAAAAAGAUAAAUAUAUGAAAUGUAUAUGGGUUUUAAAAAAAAAUGAGUAUUUUAUUAGAAGCAAAUGAACCUUGACAAAUUGUACACUUGAUAGUGUGCGUAUUGCUAUAACUUAAAUCCUUUCAACUGAAGUUGUGUUCAGGUUUCUUUUGUUUUCUUCCCAUAACAUCUACAAAGGACAUUUUGAAGAUUUUGAACGGUAAAGAGAAGAUGAAUGAUGCAAAACGUUACUUGUAAUUACACGAAUCAUAUUCUUUUGCAAAAAAAAAAAAGGCCAAAACUAAAUCUGAAAGGGAAAAGAAAGGAUUUCUGAUUUAUUUUCUGAUAAGGGGAGGAGGAGGGUCCUCCUUCUUAGCCUUGCACAGCAGAGCUGUCCUGUACAGUGUUAGCAUCUCUCUCAUUUCAGUGCCCAAGUCUUCAUUUAAUGUGUACAUCAAAUAUGGGUCGUUACUUUCUGGACAGGAACUCUAAGAAAUAAAGUUUUUUGUUUUUGUUGCCGACA